AAGCAGUAUGGAGCUCAAGAGAGGAAAGACCUUCAUAAAAUCCAGUGUACAACAUGAGAAAGUGCCACCAGUGCAUACAGCUCCUACCAACAAAGAUGAGAUGGGAAAAGACAAAAAGGCAGCUCUGGAGGGAAACCAAAGGGUGGCUGAAGUCCAGCUGGCAUGUCUGGCCACACACAAGAACUACAGAUGUUCUACCAGAGCAGCAAGGAGCGGAGCUGGUGGUCACAACCUGGAAAAAUCAUCUGGCUCCUCCUACAAGCUCGUAAGGAAGAGUAAAACCCAUGAGUGCGUUGCUGAGGCAGACAAAGCAGAGCAGUGCAGCCCCAGCAGCAGGGCGUGCGAGGAGGGUUUGUUUGGAAAGGGCAAGGGCCGACUUGUCAAUAGCAUCAGCUUUUCAGGGAUGUCCAGCUCCAGCAGUAAGAAGGAGUGUGUGGUCAGCCCCAGCCAGUCUGCAUGCAGCAGUCAGAUGAUUGAUUACAGGAACUUUGUGCCACAGAUGCCUUUUGUACCAGCUGUCGCAAAAACCAUUCCCAGGAAGAGGAUUUCUCUCAAGAGAUCUAAGAAAGGGCUCAGAGAUAUAUUUCAUAUAAGAAAAAAUAAACCAGACAGCUUCUCAUUUCUGGUGGAGAAGGACAGGAACCUGUCCUCUCCAGGCUGCAAGAGUGAGCUGUCUGCACGUCUUGCAAAGUAUCUUUUCAAAACUGGGGAAACUUGUGCAGCUGAUUGCUUGUCACAGGACUGCUCAGACAGUGAACUGCAGUCUGACUCCUCCUACGACUACUGCAAUGCCCUGUGUGAAGAUGUCGCCUCCCUGAAGAGCUUUGACUCCCUCACUGGCUGUGGGGAAAUCUUUGCUGAUGAGAGCUCUGCUCACCUGGAGCUGGAGAACAGCAAAGACCUUCUCCUGAGGAGAAGCAAGCACAAAGACAGCCCUGGCAUGGGCUCCUUCCAAGGCGGGGUGGAGCAGCUGGCUUCUCCUGGCCAGAACGAGACAGUGGAAUUUGCAAAGUUUUGGGACAACAUCAACAAAUCAGUGAGGCUGCACCAGAGUGCUCUGUUUGAAAAGAAGUUACUGAAGAUGUCUGGUUCUGACACAGAAAAGGAUACAAGUCAGGCUGCUGUACUGGUGACAGACACCCAAGUGUCCCCUGAUAAAGAAGGUGACAAUUCCAAAGACAGCUCCACAGAAACAGAAACACCGAAAAGUGAAAACCAGGAAUCCACAUCCACAAGUGAUGAAGGCUACUAUGAUUCUUUCUCUCCUGGACAAGAUGAUGAACUGAAGGAAGCUCAGACCCCUGGUGUCCCAGGGAGAUUUCCAAGAGACAGCUACAGUGGAGAUGCCCUUUAUGAGCUCUUCUAUGACCCAAAUGAAGUCAAAGUAAACCCUGUCCUUGAUGAUGACUUGUGUGCCUCUGAAAGUGUUUCAGAGCAAGCCAUUGAAAUCCCUUUGUCCAUUUACAGCUUUCAUGUUGGAGCUGAGGAGAACAUGGCUUCCCAACCAACUCUAGACAUCAUUAGCCAGGGAUUUUUCCACAGCACAUGGAAAGGCAAAGAAUGUUUGCUAAAGCUCUGUGAUACUGAGCUUUCACUGACCAUGGGCAUAAUAAACUGGCUACGAAAACACUCGGGACUCAUCUCCUCCCCUGACUCUCUUCAGAGUCCUCAGUCACAGCGAGAAAAGUCUAAUGAUUCAUUGAUCCCCAGUCACAGUCAGCAGAAAGGGAGCACAGAAGUUCAGCAGGAGACACCAGGCAAGGGUGAAUCUAAUACAUUUAACAUAUGUGUGCCUUUGGAGGAAAGCAAACACACAGCCCAGGCCUCUUCAGUAAACAUUGCUGGAAGAGAGCACAGCCUGGGCUCCUCCCUGAACACAUCUGAUCUGGAUUUCCAAGGAACAGAAGGGAGUCACCACAAGGACUUACCUACAGUGCCUGGGACUGUGGAAAACACAAGUCAUGCACCACAAUUGCAGGCUAACAGAGACAACCUGCAGACGUCUUCAGCUGACAAUGAGAAGGGAGCAAUUUCACUGGGAUGUGAGACAUCCAGAGGUAAAAACCCACUGCCAGAAGAACUGAACAGAGAGACUGGCCCCCAGAGCUCUGAAAAUCCUUCCUUAGAUGAUAAUCACGAAGUAGAAUCAUGUUACUCCUACAAGACUGCUGCGACUUCACUCCGAGAUCCCCUCGAGGGGGAGGACAGAACUAAACCAAUCUAUCACUCUCUCUCAAUUUCCUGUGACAAACCACUGCAGCCUCUGACCCUCAAUCACUUCCAGAGCUACAUGAGCCCCACACCAACAGACAGCAGCACUAACAUAGUGCAGCUCUUAGAGCACUGUGUAACACAGGUGGCAUCAUUAAAAAUCAGCUAUGAAAACAAGCACCUGGAAGACAAAUACAUCGGGAAUGAAAUGAACAGUAUCAUUCAUAAGAUGUCUCAGUACAAAAGCAAGUUAUUGUUACAGAAUGAAUGCAGCUGCAUUGCUCAAAUUCCAGAAUUUCCCAGUAUUCCUAGUACAAACCAAUACGAGACAAGUUUCCAAUCUAGCAGUCUGUAUCAUUUGAAGAAAAAUGGGGAGCAAAUUUGCUCUGAAGAUCAGAAAAGUAGAGCAAAAAUCCUAGAUGAGGUUACUCAAAGCAAGAUAAAUUUUGAAUAUGCCCAGCUGAAUAAUCAAGCCCUCUCAUAUUUAAAGGACUUUGGUCUCAGUCCAAGUGACUCUGGCCCUGAGACAUCUCUUAGUAGACCAACAUUUUUACCUCUCUUUAACUCCGUCUGCCCAGACCUAGGUGGUGCCUUCUCCCAGGGCUCACAGAGCACGGCUGUCUGUCUGUCUGAGUCUCUGCAGCCUGAGGAGGCCAAGCAGUGCAGCCCAGGGUCCUGGCAGUGUGCAGAGAGCCCCUGCCAUGGCCUGGCUGCAGGGACUGCUCUGAGCCCUCUCCUAGAGGCAGUGGUGCGGGAUACAGCGGUGCCAGCCAGGGACCACCAGUGACACACCUGCAUGGAGAAGGUGCAACACUGAAGAAUCCAUUUGUAGAGAUGGAUGCACCCUCAAAACACAGCAUAGCAUGACAGUUCCAUGACGUUGUACCAAGACCAGAACCAACAAGGAUUUCUCUCUGGAGAUCUCAGCAGAAGUGCUG